CGAUCAGCUGUUUGGUAUGUUCUAAAUUCUGAUCCAAGGAUCAGCUGGGCGCAGCAAUAACAGCAGAAAAAUCUGCAGGAGGAAAACAAGUGUAAAGCUGCAGGUUUUAAGAAAAAUAAGCGGCGAAAAUUCAGUUUUACAUGGAGUAUUUCUUCUGAGAAGAAAGCCUUUUUAUUUUUAUAGUAUAAAAAUCUACCUCAUCGAAAGGCUACCUAAAGCUGUGCUUUAAGAUUUAACUGUUAUUUUAAAUGUUUUGAUCACCGUGUUUACAACUUGAAAAACAUUGCGGAGGCAGCCCCUGUAAGGUAGGCUGGCCGACAAGCAGCUUCGGUGACGUCAAAGUAUAUCGUCAUGCGAUAGCCUACGUACGAGGUCUUGUUUUGUUUGCAAAGCUCCUCCUUCCUCCUACUUCGAGCCUACUUCAGCUGUCCCUCCCACUUUGGCACUCAAGUCCAAGCUGUUACUGAUUGAACUCUGCGUAGCGUAACGUUCGCGUCCCAUCUGUCAGAUAGGCCUUUGCACCAAUAUCAACUGAACCCUUACAUUUGCACUAAGGAAGCAUUUUGGCUCCACUGGAAAUUGUCCACCAACAAGAUCAAGAAGGGGCUAAAGUGUGAGGUGAAGUGAAGAAAGCCAAGGCAACGUGCAUACACCUUCUGCUCUCGCUAGUCGUGGAAAUAUAAAGAAAUAAAGAACCAUUCAAAGACAGAUAAUAGUCAGUUGGGCAGAAUUUUGAAUAGAAAAGGCAACUUCUAUUGAGGACCACCCCAAAUUCCACCUGAUCCCAUCGCAGAACCCUUCAACUCGGCCAUGUUCCAGCGUCUGAGCAGUCUGUUCUUCGGAGAGGUUGAAGAUGCAUCCACAGACCUGAAGGGGCCCAAGCCAUGUGUGACAGAAGCAGACGAGGAAGGCUGGCUGCUAGUAAACCUGCCUGGGGAAGAUGGCUGGGUAGAGUCGGUGAAAGGCAGUACUGAAACGCCAGCGCCACCAUGUUCUUUGGCACACAAUGAUUGUCUGGUGGUGGAGCCAUGCAAGCCCUCACAGACAGCAGCCCCUCCCCCAUGCAAUCACCGCAGGACUAAAGUUGGUGUGAUGAGAGCAGUAGAACUCUCUUUCCUUGUCUUUCCUGAUGGGUCAGAGGACAGGGCAGUACUCUUUGGCUCCUCCCCUCUCCCGCAAGGCUCCACCCCAGCAUCCCCAGGCUCUCGGAGUGACUGUAGCAGCGGCCCUGAGCGCUGCUGUAUGGAUGAGAGCUGGUUUGUCACCCCUCCCCCCUGUUUCACUGCAGAAGGGGCCACUGCUGAAACCAGCCCCAUGGAAGACCUCCUAAUUGAACACCCCAGCAUGUCCGUCUACGUCUCCCCUAGCAACCUGUCUAUCGUCGAGGAGAGUACAGCCAGCCUGGGUGUCAGCGUAAGCAUGGUGACGGAUCCCGCACCCCCUGCUGUGCAGACCAACGCGCCCCGCAGAGUCACCCGGGGGAUGGCCUCACAGGCGGGGCAACUGGGCAAAGUGACCCAGAUGCCCCGCGUGCAGCGGGCCAAGGCGCGGGCCGACCGCCGCCACCUUAGCCGCAACCGCCUGCAGCGGCAGAACCGCGUCCGAGAGCAGGCCCCCCGCCACACCGCCCAUGCCCGCGGCUCCUUCCUGCAUCAGCCGUGCCAGCGUAGCUGCAGCCACUGAGGUGCCUGGAGGGGGUGCUGUUUACACCGAGGGCAUUAUAACUCCCUCACUCACACCCUGUCACCCCCUCUGCACCUUCUCCAGCCCCUGACUCCAUCACAGGCGCCUCCUUUCAUCCUCUCUGCCAUCAAGCCCUCCUUCACACUCUAGGUGGUCCUGUGUUUGUCCACCCAAGGUACCUGUUAGCAUUGUAAUACUAGAAAAAAGACUUACUGUUGCCUGCAUGUCUGUUUCACUCGUCUCUCAAAUGUUAUUCAUUUUUCUUUCCUUUCUCAUUCUCCCGAAGGGAACGCAUUUGACCCAAACACCCAAGGAAUCACUGAAAUAGAUUGAGGCCCCUUUUUUAUUUAGCAAUGAAAUUUAGGACGGCAUUAACUCCCACAUGCUUAAAACAUUUCUUUGCGCUGGGAGCUCAAGAAGGCUUUAAACCUGGGUGUGGAGAGGCUAAAGUUAAAACCUUGUCUUAAGGUGAUCUCUGCACAAGGACAGGCUUUCCUCAAAGACACACUAUGGACAGUUCUGCCUUGGUACAGUGUACGUGCAUGUGUGACUAUCUGAGCAUGUCUACAUAAGUGAUCAUUUUAAUAGACAGGGAUCUUUACAGAAAGGACAGGACAAGGACAUCCAUAUGAAGUAUCAGUUCCUUAUUUGCUUUCAAGUAUGAAUUGAAAAAAUAAUAGUUUAUUUUUUGAUUCCAAAGAGGAAGAAAAUAAUACCGUGGAAUGUGUUAAACUUCCUUUCCCUGUUCCUGGAGCAAUGAAGCAUCUCAGGUCAUGUUUAGUGAAGUCUAUUUAGUUUACCCUGCAAGGAGAUAAUGGACAGAAAUCGGUACUCAGGGACAGGGGAAGGGUUUUUUCUAACACUGAGGGUUAAAGACAUGUAAAGGAAUGUAAGAGCAAGACGAAAACGAAAUUAAAAGGAUGUACAUCAGGGCUGUUCAGCUAUUAGCCAUUUGAUAAUUAAAAAGCAUGUACAAAAUGCAUUAUGCACAUGCAUAAACAAUUGUCACGAUGUCCAGGUCUGCAUCUGCACAGUGUUCACAUACCUUCCACCACUGACAAAAUAAUAAUUAAGACGCAGACAUAUUCUAAGAAUGCAUACAAAUGAACAUAUUGCUUAUUGACAUAUUGUUUGAUAAAUUACUUUUGGAAAAUAUCUGGCUUGUAAGCAUCAUUUUUAAAUAUCUGGCCCUCGUGAAAUGGUAUUUUGAAGAACCCUGAUGUACAUGAUAGUUGAAGUAGAGAACAAGGGAAGGAAAUGUUGUAUGUAAAGAGUAACCCUAUGAACAUCUAAUGACAGUUUUAUUUAAGUGAUAUCUCAUCAAUAUAGCAAUAAUCACAUGCAAUAAAGCAAUUUCUCAAAAUAUGCUGCAGUACUAUGAAAGGAACAUUUGAUCAUUAUAUCUUGCCAUUUGAAGUUCUGACCAUGUAUCAUAACUGUGACUUAAACUUCUUUAUGUUUAGGACAGUCUAUCUCAUCGUAUACUUUUAGACACUUUGCAUAUAGAUGUGAUAAGCAGCAUAAAUGAGAAUUGCAAUAGUGUUUUGCAAGAGUUUUGAGUAUUUUGAAAGAAUGUAUAUACAUUUUAGGGUUCUUGGAGGGUUGUGGGAUGAGGUGUGUUAAGUAAGUUAAAACACGGUAUAGAAGGCCAUUCUUUAUCAUUUUUUCUGAGCAUUUGUACUUUUCCCCAAGAUUAUGGAAACUAAACCUUUAGGCAUUGUAGGGCUCCCUUUUCCCAGUGUCUACUGGUUACAUUGUCUCACUGUGAAAGCCUGUCCUUGUAGUGGCUAAGAGGUUAAGACUAAUAGCAAUUGAUGCCAUUUUUCCACAAAUCUAAGUGCUGCAGUUUGGCCGAGUUCAUGCCAUCACUGUGAAACAUAUACCUUAAGAAAGCAGAGAAAAACCAUCUUCCUCUUUGCGCCUCCCACAUUUGUUCUGUUAAAGCAGUACCAUUUCCAUAACCCGCGUGACAUCAUCACAUUUCCAGGAAAAGUGUCCUACUGAAGCCAAUCCCAUCAUUGCGAAUCAGUAUUAUGAGUGUGCUUGGGGAGGAAGCCAGUUUGUAUGUCCCCUGCCCCUCCGGCUCCCCUUCCCCCCUUCUGUUUUCAUUAUGUCCUCUGAUCAGUGUUAACUUGAUCUGGUCUUUUGGUUCAAACUUGCAGUCUCCAAGGACAGAAUGUUUCUAACCAUGAUGUAUUUUCCCCAUGAUAUCUUUCUUUGAUAGCUCAUCCAAAUGUAACCAUGUCCUCCACUUAAAGAUAUGCAUAUAUUUAUUAAAAAUAGUAACAAAAAAGCCUAGCAUUACGUAUGGUGCUGAAGUAUAUGAAUAUAUAUACUAAAGUUUGUAAAUUGAAAAUAAUUGAUAUAAGUUUGCAUUUUUUGUCUUAUCUUUUUGUGAGUUGAAGUUUUAGCAGUGUGCUGUGUGUUGUUCCUAUCUGAAAUUUGUGUAUGAGAGAUGUAUGCUUUCAUGUACAGGUUAAAAUGUGCAUUUUUAAAAGCUAGACUGAGAAUUAAUCAUUUGUUUUCUUGUAGUUUUAAAUUUUACCCCUGCUCUUAAGAGAUCAAAGUGUCAGAAGUACUCAGGAUAUAUUUACUUAAUCUCCCCAUUCAACCACAUGCAUAAAGGCUUAGUAGUCGUAUGAUGUAGUUUCAAAAGAUACAUGCUGAACCCCACCUCCCUUGGUUUCCUACAUCUAGUUAAAGUUGUUGAAUUCACUGACUUAUUCCACAGGAGACAGCCUUUUUACCAGGAACUGUUUCAGGAUUGCCCCCUAGAGGUAAUACUGAGAAUUGAUCAACUAAAUUUAAGAUGGCUAUGUCUUUGUUAUGAUUGCUAAGAUGUUGGGGUCUUUUAAGUAAUUUAAGAGAAAUCCAAUACUUUCUGAGCUUUAGUGUAGUGGGGAGGCUGCUUCAGUUAGCAUAAAAUAUGAUUUUUGGUAUUAUAUUAUUUAUCUUUGUAGAAAAUCCUAUUUUUUCUAACACAAAUCACAAACCAGCAUUUCCCUAUACUGUUGCUGCCAAUUAUAUUGUGUGCGUAUAUAUAUAUAUAUAUAUAUAUAUAUAUAUAUAUAUAUUCAUUUAGAAUUACUGUGUAUAUCUGUUUGAUUAUUUUGAGACACUGUUGGGACACCCUAAAAGCAUGAGAACUGGUAUUGAGUAUGUUACCGGAAAGUAAAUGCACUAGCUCCCUGUGGCUCCCACUUGGCUCCUUUCAGCCCUGUUUGGCCCACUUUUUACUCUGAUUGCUAAACCACAGUGCCUCUAGGGUUGAUAUUCUGACUCACUUCAUGGUGCUUCUUAUAAAGAGGUUCCCUGGAGACCAAGGGACAUGUAACCGUGGAACUGCAGGGGCCCAUCCUUAAAGAGGGGUUAGCUUGGGGCCCACCACAAUGUCUUAUUUCUCAUUCUUAUUUUCUUUUAGCCCUCUCACCUCUGGUCCCUUUUUGUUUUUUUUGUUUUUUGUUUUUGUUCUUCUGUGAGAAAAAUGUUUCACUGAGAUGUGAGGUAGAGUGGUUUGGAGGAUUAUGUGACAUAACAGGUCCACCAGGUUUAUCUGUGUGUAAUGGGAGUAAUGUGAGUGGCGGUAUGGGAGGGGAAGGCCGGGGGGGCAUAGAUUUAAUGAAGAAAUUAUUUGAAAAAUUGCUUGUGUUUUGUCCUAUUGCUAUUAGAACUAUUGUUACUCUAAUGUUUCAGAUAUAAGGGUUGAAUGUUGGGGGUUUUAUUUGCUCUGCACCCUUGAAAUAUGGCAGCUUCAGAGAAACAGAAUGAACACCAGAUGCAUCCAAA